CGCUGAGCUUAUCUUAUCUAUCGAGUACCCACGAACCUUUCCAAACUUUUGGUGCAUCCAAGAAGACGAGGAACUUUCAGCCGCAUUCAUGUUCGCCUCUUUAAAGGCAAGCACUUCACUUACAUUUCUCUUCAGACCUAACGCCUUCCCACAAUCCCGGAGCCACCAUGGCUCCUAGGUGCUCAGGUGGUCAUUCCCUAUUUCUACCAUUCCUUUAUCCUCCCUUCUUCCUCGCCAGGACCCAUGUCCUCCUCCCUCAAGCCGCAGCCGAAUCCGUCCUCAGAACCCCUUCGCGCCGUCACAGCUCGACUCAUGUCGCUCAGGAACCGAUAUCAACUCGCCUUAAUCCCGGCCCCGACGACUAUGCGGCUCCCAGCUUUGCCGACAAGGCCCAGCUGACCUUAUAUGCCGGCGGCGGCGGGAACGGCUGCAUCUCCUUCCUGCGAGACCUCUUCCUACCCGAAGGCCCUCCGAACGGCGGCGACGGUGGCCAUGGUGGGAACAUCUACAUCCAAGCCGUACACGGCGAGACGUCGCUCCACAAGCUCGCCCGUCGACGCUUCGUCAGGGCUGACAGGGGGAAAAACGGCCAGGGCAGUGCCAAGUCCGGUCAACGCGGCGAGGACGUCAUCAUCACCGUCCCCGUCGGUACCGUGCUUCGCGAGCUGAGCCGGGUGGACCCCGUCGCCGAGAAUGCCAUGCGCCAGCGCGCCGCCUGGUUCGAGAAAAAAAUGUGGAAGGCCAGGAAGCGAGAGCGCGAUGCCGAGGCGGCUCGCAGGGAACUCGAAAACCCCGAUGCCGAAGAUGACGACCACAUCACGCCCGAGACCAUACGCCAGCUCAAAGAAGCAGAGGAGGAGGAUGACCCGGAGCCCGAUGACCCCAACCGCGACAAGUGGCUCGUCUACCCGGGAGCCUCCAAAACCGAAGUCAGGAACAUCUCGUUCCCCCGCCUGCGCCGCCGCGAACGUCUCUUCCGCCAACCUCCCGCGCCUUUACACCUCGACCUCUCCCGCCCGACCCCGACGCCCAUCCUCCUCGCCGCGGGGGGCAUCGGCGGUCUCGGCAACCCGCACUUCGUCUCUCGCGAGCACCCGCGUCCCAUCUUCGCCACCAAGGGCGAACGCGCCGUGUCUCUCGAGAUCGAGCUCGAGCUCAAGCUCCUCGCCGACGUCGGCCUCGUCGGCCUCCCCAACGCCGGCAAGAGCACCCUCCUCCGCGCCCUGACCAACUCCCGGGCCCGCGUCGGCUCCUGGGCCUUCACCACCCUGCAACCCAACAUCGGCACCGUCGUCCUCGACUCCUACAAGGGCCGCCCCGUCGUCCGCUCCUACAGGCGCUACCCCUCCGCCGUCUCGUCCUCCUCCUCGGAGGUCCAGGACGACCAGACCCCCGAGCACCGCACCCGCUUCACCGUCGCCGACAUCCCCGGUCUCAUCGAGGGCGCCCACCUCGACAAGGGCCUGGGCAUCGCCUUCCUCCGUCACGUCGAGCGCGCCGGCGUCCUGGCUUUCGUCAUCGACCUCUCCGCCGGUGACGCCGUCGCCGCCCUCAAGGCCCUCUGGCGCGAGGUCGGCCUCUACGCCCAGAUGCGCGAAGACGAGGACCGCGUCCGCGCCGCCGAGGCCAGCAUCGACUGGGACCUGGAUACCAGUGGUGACCGCGACAACAACGCCCAUGCCGAUUUGGCCCGUGAUGACGGCCCUGACAUGCUCGUUUACGGCGCCCCUCCUGCCCCCGAGCGCGUCUCGGGCCUCCACAUCGCCGGAAAACCGUGGUUCGUCGUCGCCACCAAGGGCGACCUCCCCGAUACCCAGGAGAACUUCCGCGCCCUGCAGGCCUACCUGGAAGACGUUGGUAAGGGUGCCGAGCCGCACCCGAGCGGCAUCGAGGACGCGUGGAUCAAGCGUUGCACCGCCAUUCCCGUGAGUGCCAUCAACGGCCAUGGCGUCGACCGCAUCGUCCACUGGACUGUUGGAUUAUUGGACGACUAGGCGCCGUUGUCUGAACUCCGGACCUUUUGAUCUGUAAAUCACACCUGUAUUUAUACGAUGCCUUGUAUAUUUUACCCACAUUUUCGUUCCAGUAUAGAAAAGCAGUA